GUUCCUGGGAAGACACAAUAAGCUAAGCUAGCUCAUAGGCCAAACAAAAAAUUCCUAAAAGAUACCACCCAAGCAAAGAAAAUUAGCGAACCAAGACAUUUAAAACGAGUUAAGAGGUAAGAGCCAAAGGCAACCUUAGCAAGGCAAGCUAAGCUUCAACUCACGCACAGAAAAAUUCGACCAAGCAAAGAAAAGAAUUCUCUCUUCCUCCUUCCUUCUCUUCCUGCGCGUCUCUCCCUCCUCCUCCUCCUUUCUCUGCCCUCAUUGUCUAUCAGUUUGCUGUAUAUAUAUAUAAUAAUUAUUCAAGCUAGCUUCCCCCUGGCUCCCUCUCUCUCUCUCCCCCUACCAAUGGCCAGAUUUGCAAGCGGAAUUGAAAGAAUUUAUGUUUUUCUUCUAUUUCUGAUCUCAUUAUCAGAUAACCGUUUCAAUGGGAGAGCAGCAUCGCUUGGCAUCAACUAUGGCCAAGUAGGCAAUAAUCUGCCAUCACCGGAGAGAGUCGUCACCCUCUUAACGUCGCUAAAGCUUACGAAAGCCAGAAUUUAUGACACUAAUCCUCAAAUACUGACGGCAUUCACCAAUUCCAGCAUCGAACUAAUCGUAACAGUUGAAAAUGAAAUGCUAGGAGUUUUGAUUGAUCCUCAGCAGGCCCUUCAAUGGGUAAACACCCACAUCAAACCAUACUUUCCGGCCACGAAGAUCACCGAGAUCGCGGUUGGGAAUGAGGUCUACAAAGGCGACGGUGACACAACCCUAAUUGCAAACCUUGUCCCGGCGGCGGUGAGCAUACAGGGAGCCCUCAUUCAGCUCGGUCUAGGUUCGUAUAUUCAAGUUUCGACGCCUCAUUCCCUCGCGGUGCUUGCCGAGUCCUACCCUCCUUCUGCGGGCACCUUCCGAAGCGAAAUCAACGGAUAUAUGCUGCAGUAUUUACAGUUCUUGUCAAACACCAAAGCACCAUUUUGGAUCAAUGCUUACCCUUAUUUUGCUUACAAGAGUGAUCCAACUGGGGUAUCGUUGGACUACGUACUCCUUAAUCCAAAUUCUGGGAUGGUUGAUCCAUAUACCAAAUUACACUAUGACAACAUGCUUUAUGCUCAAGUGGAUGCAGUCAUUUUUGCAAUAGCUAGGUUGGGUUUCCGAAACUUGGAAGUUAGGGUUUCGGAGACAGGGUGGCCGUCGAAAGGAGACACUGAUGAGGUUGGUGCCACGGUUGAAAACGCCGCCGUUUAUAACCGGAAUUUGUUGAGAAGGCAGUUUAGAAAUGAAGGGACCCCUUUGAGACCUAAUACAAGACAAGAAAUUUACUUGUUUGCCUUGUUUAAUGAGAAUAUGAAGCCCGGACCGACGUCGGAGAGGAACUAUGGUCUCUAUUGGCCCGACGAAACCAUGACAUACAAUGUAGGGCUGACUGCCCUGUCGACUACUUCAUCUUCCACUUCAUCAGCUUCCAUUUCUCUCAGUAAUUCUGCACCUCAUCAGGCAGGAAUGAGGAGACGUCAUCAAAGCAUGGUGUACUGGAUGUUUGUAUAUUUGGCGGCCUUCGAAGUUUUAAUGAGAAGACCAUUCUAACCACCCUGGUUCCAUCCAUUUAUACGUAUAAAAUUACAUUUUGGUGAAAGAGAAGGCAAAUGACAAAUGGCAAAUUGCAAAUGGGGUUUCUCCUUUUGGGCCUUCUUGGAGUUGAAAAAUAUAUACGUGCAAAUCCCUAAAGAUUCAAGAAUGGUCUAAAAGAAAGGUGAACCCACUUUGCACAAGCAAACAACGUACAACCGAAUCGAUUACCAAAGUGAUCACGAUAUGAUGAAAUGUGCUUUCACUUUGACUCCUCUAAUGCUUUCAAGGGUUAGGCAUUUACCGCGGCAUGCAUGCAAUGGAUAAUUUCGAUUGGCUUCUUAAAAAAUACCCACCUAUGCAGUAGCCAAUGGGUUGACAAAACUGACAUAUAUAUAUACAUAUAUAUAUAUGCUUCAUUUGUUAUUGUACGUGAAAAUUAUUGUAGAAGAUUGAUCAAUUGUUUCUUGAUCAACUUACGUCAAUUAUUAUCAAUUGUAGGAAUGGAAUUUGUUGUUGUGGAUUACUGCCCGUGCAUGUUAUAAGGGAACCCAAAAUUGUUAGAGAAUAACAUUGUAAUUAGUCCAUGCUCCAUCCUCCAUCUUAUUGGCUGCAAGGAAAGCUCUCCACUUUGGGACGUGGAUUCCAUAACUUUUCCCAUUAAA